CGCCGUCAGAACGAAGUCGCAUCCGCGCUGCUGGGGGAGGGCGGGCCGGCCGGCUGGCCAGGGUGGCAGCAGGCCGGCCGAUCCAGGAUGGAUUCGCGGGUGUCAGAACUGUUUGGGGGCUGCUGCCGGCCCGUGGGGGGCGGGAACGGUGGGGGCCUGCGAGGCCGCGGCGGCAGUGGCUCUGGUGGCGGGUCUUCCAAGGGGAGGAAGAAGAACGGACGACACCGGGGAGGGAAGGCCAACAAUCCGCCGUACCUGCCGCCGGAGGCGGAAGAUGGGAACAUAGAAUACAAGCUGAAACUAGUUAAUCCUUCCCAGUACCGCUUUGAACAUCUAGUAACGCAGAUGAAGUGGCGUCUACAAGAAGGCCGUGGUGAGGCAGUGUACCAGAUUGGUGUAGAGGACAACGGGCUGCUGGUGGGACUGUCAGAAGAGGAGAUGCGCGCCUCUCUCAAAACGCUGCGGCGGAUGGCUGAGAAAGUGGGAGCUGAUAUCACUGUGCUACGAGAAAGAGAGGUGGAUUAUGACAGUGACAUUCCCAGGAAGAUAACGGAGGUUCUUGUCCGAAAGGUCCCAGAUAACCAGCAGUUCUUAGAUUUGCGAGUAGCUGUGCUUGGGAAUGUGGAUUCUGGCAAGUCAACUCUACUAGGUGUCCUGACACAGGGAGAGCUGGAUAAUGGGCGAGGCAGAGCUCGUCUCAAUCUGUUCCGGCACCUGCAUGAGAUCCAGUCAGGGAGGACAUCCAGCAUCAGCUUUGAAAUUCUUGGCUUCAACAGCAAAGGAGAGGUAGUAAAUUACAGUGACUCACGGACAGCUGAGGAGAUCUGUGAGGGUUCCUCCAAGAUGAUCACCUUCAUUGACCUGGCUGGCCAUCACAAGUACCUGAAAACCACCAUCUUUGGACUCACAAGUUACUGCCCAGACUUUGCCAUGCUGGUGGUUAGCGCCAAUACUGGAAUUGCAGGUACAACCCGAGAGCAUCUAGGCUUGGCUAUGGCCCUCAAGGUCCCUUUCUUCAUAGUCAUUAGCAAAGUAGACUUGUGCUCAAAAGCCACUGUGGAACGGACAGUAAAGCAGCUGGAGAGGAUCCUGAAGCAGCCUGGUUGCAACAAGCUCCCCUUGCUAGUCACAUCAGAUGAUGAUGCUGUCACAGCAGCACAGCAGUUUGCACAGUCUCCCAACAUCACUCCGAUCUUCACCCUAUCCAGUGUUUCUGGAGAGAACCUGGAUCUCCUGAAAGUUUUCCUCAACAUCCUUCCUCCUCUUACAAACAGCAAAGAGCAAGAAGAUCUAAUGCAGCAGCUUACUGAAUUUCAGGUGGAUGAAAUCUACACAGUUCCUGAGGUGGGCACUGUCGUUGGAGGAACUCUGUCAAGUGGAAUAUGUAGAGAGGGAGAAAAUCUGGUGGUUGGUCCAACUGAUGAUGGCAAGUUCCUCCAGCUGAAAGUGUGCAGUAUCCAGCGGAACCGUUCAGCGUGCCGUGUACUUCGGGCUGGGCAGGCUGCUACACUUGCUCUUGGACACUUUGAUCGCUCACUACUGCGCAAAGGAAUGGUGAUGGUAAGCCCAGAGAUGAACCCCACCAUUUGCUCAGUGUUUGAAGCUGAAAUUGUUCUGCUCUUCCAUGCCACGACUUUCCGGAAGGGAUUCCAAGUAACAGUGCACGUUGGCAAUGUGCGGCAGACAGCAGUCGUGGAAAAGAUCCAGGGAAAGGACAAGCUGCGGACAGGAGAAAAGGCUGUGGUUCGUUUCAGAUUCAUUAAACAUCCUGAGUAUUUGAAGAUAGGAGCCAAGCUCCUGUUCCGUGAAGGAGUUACCAAAGGUAUUGGACAUGUCACAUACAUCCAGGCGAUCACCACUGGAGAGAAUGGCUUAGAAGAAGGCCUAAGCUCUGGGCUGGUCAGUUUCUGACUUGCAUGAGAUCUGUGAGAUCUCAUGAUGAUAGCAAUAGAGGGAAGGAGCCUCCUCCAAGACACCGCCCAGAGCUGCUGUUGCUGCUGGCCAGUCUUUUUACAUCAGCACACUUCUUCUAUACUGCAGAGGAUUCCUGAACUGUCUGGAGCAAGUUAAGCAUGUUUGUAUCUCACCUGCUGCUUUCAUAUCCCUGCUUUCCCUGAAGUAGAUGAGUGGCUGCGUCUUUACCAGCCCUGGCAACACCUGAUUUUGUUGACUUUGGUUGGAAGUUAUUUCUGAGUAGAGGGCAAAGCUCUGAGUGUGUUGGAUUGUAGCUGCGGAAUUCUGCCACCUGCAAGGCAGCAAUAGUUUACCCCUUUCUCUCUACUGGGCUCAGUCCCUGUAUUGUCCUGUUCUCUGCCUUUUCAGAUUGUCAUCGAUGAGCUGUACAGCUGAAAGAUUUGCACUGGCCACAGUACAGCCCAGGACCUUUCUAGUCAUUUUAAAGUUGUUACUGGUUUCAUUUUAAUCUGAUAGCUCCUCAGUUUUGUGUGCUGAAUUUUAGUAGCCUAAUUUCCACUUUAUCUGAUAUAUCAUGACUUUGAAGUUGUUCUUUCCCUCAUCAGCAGCUACUUGCUUCCUCAGUAGAGCUGACAAGAGUGCCCUAUAUGUGAAGGGGUUUCCUAAAGGAGCUCUAGUCCAAGUAUGGUGAUCACAUGCCUCUCAAUAUUGCUGGCUGUUUUAUAAGCAGAGGUUCUGCUGUUGGCAGUCUCAACUGAGAUGGCUUUAUGCUCUGAUCAGCUUCCCUGAGGAGUCCAUAGGUAACCAAGCCUAAUGUGUUCCUUGAGAAACCUGCCUUAAUUUGAUAUGGUCAAACCAGUAGGAGCUGUUUGGCCAUACCAGGAAAGCUUGACACAUGACUGCA